AUGGGCCAAGGCAGGCACACAGUGCCGGAGAAGAUGCCCUCCUGGGCCCUCUUGGUGGUCACCUCCUGCCUCCUCCUGGUCACCUCCUGCCUCCUCCUGGCCCCCCCAAACCUGGCACAAGUCACCAGCCAAGAUGCCUCCUUGCUGGCCUUGGACUCAGAGCCCCUCAACUGUUUCUCUCGAACAUUCGAGGACCUCACUUGCUUCUGGGAGGAGGAAGAGGCAGCACCCAAUGGAACAUACAAGCUGCUGUAUGCCUACCCAGGGGAGAAGCCCCGUGCUUGCCCCCUGAGCUCCCAGAGUGUACUCCCCUCUGGAAUCCGAUACACGUGCCAGCUUCUGGCCCAGGAUGAAGUACGUCUUUUCUUUCCAUUGCACCUCUGGGUGAAGAAUGUGUUUUUGAACCAGACUCUGACCCAGCGGGUGCUGUUUGUGGACAGUGUGGGCCUGCCAGCUCCCCCCAAUAUCAUCAAGGCCAUGGGUGGGAGCCAGCCAGGGGAACUUCAGCUCGGCUGGGAGGCCCCAGCACCUGAAAUCAGUGAUUUCUUGAGGCACGAACUGCGCUACAGCCCCAAGGAUCCCGGGAACUCCACGAGUCCCACAGUCAUGCAGCUGCUGUCCACAGAAACCUGCUGCCCGGCUCCACGGAGACCAAACCCAGCCCUGAACCAGCCUCCCUGUGCUCCGCACCUGAUGCCCCAAAAGGAAGGACCGGAGCUGACCUCCCCAACUAGAGAAGCUCCAUCUCUGAGAAUGAAGGGUGGAAGCUGCCUCAUCUCGGGGCUCCAGCCUGGUAACUCCUACUGGCUCCAGCUGCGCAGCCAACCUGAUGGGGUCUCCCUUCGUGGCUCCUGGGGAUCCUGGUCCCUCCCUGUGACCGUGGACCUGCCUAGGGAUGCAGUGGAAAUUGGACUCCAAUGCUUUACGUUGGACCUGAAGAAUGUUACCUGUCAGUGGCAGCAACAGGACCAUGCUGGCUCCCAAGGCUUCUUCUACCACAGCAGGGCACAGUGCUGCCCCACCAACUGGGACCCCAUCUGGCAGAAUUGUGAAGAGGAGGCGAUAACAAAUCCAGGAUUACAGCCCUCCCAGUUCUCCCGCUGCCACUUCAAGUCACAAAAUGACAGUGCUAUUCACAUCCUGGUGGAGGUGACCACACUGCAGGGUGCUGUUCACAGCUACCUGGGCUCCCCUUUCUGGAUCCACCAGGCUGUGCGUGUCCCCACUCCCAACCUGCACUGGAAGGAGGUUUCCAGUGGGCAGCUGGCUUUGGAGUGGCAGCACCCCUCAUCCUGGGCACCCCAAGAGACCUGCUAUCAGCUUCGCUACACAGGAGAAGGCCAACAUGACUGGAAGGUGCUGGAGCCGCCCCUCGGCGCCCAGGGCGAGAGCCUGGAGCUGCGCCCGCGCUCCCGCUACCACCUGCAGCUGCGCGCCAGGCUCCACGGCCCCACCUACCAAGGCCCCUGGAGCGCCUGGUCCGACCCAGUGAGGGUGGAGACCGCCUCCGAGACGGCCUGGAUCUCCCUAGUGACCGCUCUGCUGCUGGUGCUGGGCCUCAGCGCGCUCCUGGGCCUGCUGCUACUGAGGUGGCAGUUUCCUGCGCACUACAGGAGCCUGAGGCAUGCCCUGUGGCCUUCACUUCCAGACCUGCACCGGGUCCUCGGCCAGUACCUCAGGGAUGCUGCAGCCCUUAGCUCCGUGAGUGCACUCUCCUCCCUGCCAUUCUUGCCUGGAGCUGCAUCCUCACCACCUCAACACAACUUUUCUAAGAUCUUCGCCCACCAGUAUACCUUCCCAAGCCCAGAGGGACUACCGAGGAGUGCAGCCUUCUUGCCUGGGGACCAUGUCCCUGACUGUGUGCCCACUCACGGCUGA